UGCUCUAAUAUCUUAUACUCUAUCUCACUGUAUCUCUCUCUCAUCAAAAGCCAAUACUGCUCGCCCUCCUUCCUUCCUUCCUUCGCUUGGAUUUUGAUUCAAAUUACAACUUUUACAAAAGGAUCAUCAAGAUUACGUCCACUUUCUGUGAUUACCUUCGUUGUCUACUACAAUUACGCUCUAAUUUGUCAAUAAUAGUGAUGCAACCAAGGUCAACUUAUAACAAAAAGCGGUCCCGUGAAUCUUCAAACCAAAGUCACCAGGCGUCUGCAACCAGUGUCAGUACUGACACUGGGGAACAGUCACACCGGCAGGCAUGUCGCCGUGCAUCUGUGAUAAAUAACAACUCGAGGGUCCACACAACUACUCAACAAGCUUCGGUAGAAAAUAUUGAACAACACCUUAUUCUUCCUCCAGAAUAUAUGGAUAUUGGCGACUGUACAAAUACCAUCUUAACAAUCUGCGAAGACACCCAUUUAAAUGAAGGAGAUGUUUUAAUUUUUCCUGACAUGAUCUUGUACAGGGGUUUGGACGCUUCAAACAUUAAAAGCUUUGUCGAGCAAGUACUUGUUAAGGGUAAACCAUGGGAUAUUGCAGAACCGGAGCCUGUGACAGGUUCAUAUGUAUUUGUGUGUGCUCAUCUCAAACACGAUAAAUGGGCAGCUGUUUGUGGACCACCUUUAAUUGAGAGGUUCAAUGAGGAGGUUGAAGUGAAGGGACUGAAUAAUCAGGUGUUUGUGAAUCCUUGCUCAUAUAUUGUGGGGAUCGCAUAUGCAGGGAACUUGAUAAUAUUCAGUGCAGCUAAAGAUGGAAAAGUCUCUGGUCAUUGGUAUGGUUAUGUCACCCCAGAUGAUGUGCCUGAAUUGCUUGACCAACAUAUCAUGAAGGGUGAGAUCAUAAAAAGGAUUUCGAGGGGCCCAAUGGGGUUAAUUGAUAUCAGGGGCCGAAUGAGGCGCCGAAUGAGGAUCCUUGGUGUUAAAGGGAAAAGCAUCACUAGUGAGAAGGAAAAUGUUGAUUUCACGGGCCAAAUGAGGACCCCUGAUGUUAAAAACAAAAGCAUCACUAGUGAGAAGGAAAAUGUUGGAUUCUUCACAAGAAAAUGGAAGAAACUUGAUAUUUUUGCUGUCGUUGUUGUCGGGGUGGUGGCAUCUGUAGCUGUGUCCUAUAUACAGCGUAAAAGGUUGUAUUAAAAUUUAAGAAGGAUCUUUUAUGAAAGACAAAGAAUAAAGGAGUGACUAGAGCUGUACAACUCGUUCAAGUUACAUUUGGGGCUUGAGAUGGAAAGAAAGAAAGCAGGAUGACUUUUUGUGUUAUCGCCUUUUUUAGGAUUUUUGUAUAACUAGAUGAAGUGGGGCAUUGUAGCCUUAACUCUUCAAGUAGCUAUUUUACCGUUAUUCGAGAACCCUUCUUUUCACGAUUGUUCUUUCUAACAUCAUUAGUAUUUUGUACUAAUCCUUUUCCUGAUAUUUUAUGCUUAAGAUGAUGUGUUUACUGC